UGGAAGAAGAGGUCAAUUAAGGAAUGCAUUGCAUUUCGUGAGAAAGUCGAGGGCGGCGACCCACACGAGAAAAAAAAAGCAUUUUAUUAUGCACUUCUGAACGGGCGUGAUUGAACUUUUACCCGUGUCAUUCUCGAGCUUGUGACAGUGUGAUGAGGUGAUCGAUGAUUGACUCCAGAAUGCACCGAGAGUCCGUGAUGGCUUCCGACACUAAAACGCCUUUAAAUCAGAAUAACACCAGUCGGAGCAACCUCAUCAAUGCGUUUCCAUCAUCACCCACAUUAGAGACUCCUUCCAUGUUCUCCUCGUCUUCGACCCUUUCAAACACUUCACUUUUCCUCUACGGGAGGUUCCGAAGUCACAGCUUGGGCAAACAAGAUCCUCAAAGCCUUCCAAGUUCCAGCUCUUCCAAUUGUAUAUCCAACCACCGCCAAAAUGAGUCUUCAUCCAACCAGACGAGCAAAACCAAUUUGUUGACCAUUCCCUCUGCCCCUGUUCUGAACGAUUUCGAACCCAAGUUCCGGAUUGGAAAGGACAGCUCCAAGGACUUGUAUUCCAUUGCACAAGACAUCAACUUGAACCGAUGUUUACCCAGAUGGCCCAUCGAAUGUCAAGUCAUCCGAAAGAAGGUCCAACAUAUCCGGUCGUUUCCCACAGAACCAGAAGUGUUUUAUGAGGUCUCGGGAAAAGAGGCACAACCCAGACCCUUGGGAGAGGAUCACGGAGCUGUGGUUUUUGAAUACAACGUGACUAGUUCCGUCAGCUAUUUCAGUCGAAGUGUGGCUGCCCCCACAGCCGAUUCCCCGUCAGAGUAUCCAUCGGACUUGCCGAAAUUGCCCAACACGCUGAGAUUCGAGUCUCGAUUUGAAAGCGGAAAUCUGGCCAAGGCGAUCCGGAUCACGGAGAGCUACUACGAACUCUACCUUCGUCCCGAUCUCUACACCUCCCGUCAUUGUCAAUGGUUCUACUUUCAGGUCAAAAAUAUGCGAGCCGAUAUGACGUACCGCUUCUCCAUCGUCAACUUCAACAAACCUGACAGUCUCUACACAUGUGGGAUGAGGCCGGUCCUCUAUUCUGAAUUGGAGGCCGAAAAGCAUUACGUGGGUUGGAGCAGAGUGGGCUCCAACAUCCGAUACUAUCGGAAUGAGGCCUACGACGAGGACGAAGGGUGUACCUACACGCUCACCUUCUCCUUGACCUUUCCCCAUGACAAUGACACGGUCUACGUGGCUCAUUGCUACCCUUAUUCUUACAGUGACCUCCAAGACGAUUUAGGAGCCAUUCAGGAGAAUGAGAAUCGUGCCAAAGUCUGCUCACAGAAGUUAUUGUGCAACUCUUUAGCGGGUAAUAACGUAUACAUCCUGACAAUCACCGCUCCUGCCCAUCAAGAAGUGUUGAAACAGCGCAGUGUGAUCUUUCUAAGUGCCAGGGUUCAUCCUGGAGAAUCCCCAAGCUCCUGGAUCAUGAGAGGGAUCCUUCAUUUCCUCACCGGAGAGUCCCAAGUGGCAGAGGACCUUCGACAACGCUUCAUCUUCAAGAUUGUUCCCAUGAUUAAUCCUGAUGGAGUCAUUGUCGGGAAUACGAGAUGUUCUCUGACUGGACGGGAUUUGAACCGGCAAUACAAAUCUGUGAUCAAAGAGGCCUUUCCUCCGGUUUUUCACCUCAAAGCGUUGUUCCGAAGACUUAUGGAGGAGCAUGGAAUAGUGUUCUAUUGUGACCUCCACGCUCACUCUCGGCGGUUUAAUGUGUUCCUUUAUGGAUGUGAGAAUCGUCGGCACAGUGAGAAAUUUCUAAAGGAACAAGUCUUUCCCUUGAUGCUCCACAAGAAUACCUCAGAGAAGUUCUCCUUUGACGAUUGCCGAUUUCGAAUUCAGCGGCAAAAGGAAUCAACAGGUCGAGUGGUAUUUUGGAACAUGGGGAUCACAUGCAGCUACACUUUAGAGGCUUCCUACGGUGGAACCAACCUCGGUUCCAGAGCUUACACCCAUUUCAACACAGACGACUAUGAAGGCAUCGGGCGAUACUUUUGCGAGACCCUUCAGGACUUUUUGAACCCGUGCCCGAUCAACGAGCAACUUCGCAUGAAGAUCGUCUCCAGAUUGGUCAAGGAAGGUUCCACGGCCGAUGAGCCUUCCAAUAUCGCUUUGACCGAUUAUUCCAGUUUGUCCUCAGCCGAUUUGAGCUCCACGUGUGACGAGGAGGACACCCAUUGCCAACAAGUCAAGAAGAAUCGCCGAUUGCGAUCCCGUCGUGAGCGAGCCAAGAACAUGGCCCAAAUGACCAAGACCUUGGACCUCCGGAAAGUGGCUAGUUAUGUCCAUUUUGGGUCGCCGAAUCCCUUCCUGAAGAAGAGUGGUAGUGAGCGGGCCUUGGAUGAGAAAACGUCCACCAAGGGCAAGAAGAACGAAAGGCGAAAAUUCAAGAGGUCAUUGACCAUGGCCAGUAUCCCAACAGCCCUUCUACAGCCGCCUCGUUCCCACACUGGGUUGCCCUUGCCCGAUCGGCCUUUAUCCCCACGAAUCAUGGAACUUAGGCAUAGUGAGGGUCUGGAGACCAAGUUCACGAUUGGGACCUCUGAUGAGUCUGAGGACGAUGAUACCAAUGACGAUGACCUUCAGAAGCUCUUUUGCCCUCUGACCGACUCCCUUGGCAGCCCGUUUGAGUACCAAGGGACCAAGAGUGAACAACUAUCUGCUUCCUCUUGUCGUCGAGUUCAAUCCGAGAUCUUAGCCUCUGUGUCCAAGAUCAAACUCUUGGGCCAAGGCAGAGGCUUGCUGUCCUCUUACAGCUCCUCCUCGCAUAUCGGGCAGGGUGACUCCAGUGAUGGGGAGAGCAGUCGGUGUUUGACCCCUAUUAAGAUUGUGGCCACCCUCCCAGAUGAUCUCAAUCAGAUGACCAUGGGAAAAAAGAAGAUUCCGUCCAUUUCCGUGAGCAUUCCGUCCAAUGCGGCUCAGGAAACAAAGCCGGAGAAAAAGAAAAAAAGCGGCAAAAAGAGCUGGGAGAAGUACAAUCGCAUGAGGAAGGCUUGCAAAGUCCUGGAGAAAAGUGGUGAUGGUGCCGAGCCUUCGGUUAGAAAGACAGAAGUGACCGAAGUCAAGACCCUUUUGGCCACGGUUAACAUGACCCCCACGAAUGUGGUGAAAAUAAAAAAGCGGAAGAAGAAGAAAUCGGUUGUGUCAGUGACAAAGAAAUGAAACCAGUUCACUGUUAUUUGAUAUGUUUUUCGAUAAUAAGAGCACACCAUGACUCAUUUUCAGUGAUGGGUAUGAUCGUUGAAUUGCCAAGCGCCAGGUUUGAUAAUAUAUUGUCGUGUCAAAUGGACGACAAACAAUCAAAUGACAAUUUUUUAGAAAGGCUUAAGGCAAUGAAAAGAAAAAAACUCUAACCGAAUGACCAGGGCUGUAAGUAAAAUCAAAAUUAAGAUGGUCGAGGAGACACGUAAAAGUUCUGCUACAAAGGCUUUUUCUACAUUGCGCGUUGAGUCAAUAACUCAAUAUAGAGGACGAAACAGGUCAAGGUGGUCAACUAAUAUG